AUGAUGACACCAGAGCCGUCGGGGGAGUUGGAUAAACUUGAAAUCACAGGUCAUCAUGUUAGGGGGAAUACUGAAUAUGUAAGGCUUGCCAUAUCUGAUGAACCGAGGGCUGUUGAAACUGAAAUGCUACAGCCUCAAACAGAAUCAAGAAUUAAAUCUUUCAGGUGGUGGAUGAAAGCCUUUGUAUGGUUCGUUGUCAUUGUUAUACUUGCACUUGGUCUAGUCAAAUGGGGAGUGCCAUUUGCUUUUGAAAAGGUUCUUUAUCCAGUGAUGGAGUGGGAAGCGACUGCCUUUGGCCGACCAGUUCUUGCCCUUGUGCUUAUUGCUUCUCUGGCUUUAUUUCCAGCAUUAUUAAUCCCUUCCGGUCCUUCCAUGUGGUUGGCUGGGAUGAUUUUUGGUUAUGGCCUUGGCUUUGUUAUAAUAAUGGUUGGGACAACCAUUGGGAUGGUCCUCCCUUACCUGAUUGGACUAAAGUUCCGUAACCGCAUUCAUCAAUGGUUAGAGAAAUGGCCCCAGAACGCAGCAAUGAUUAGACUUGCCGGGGAAGGAAGCUGGUUCCAUCAAUUUCAAGUAGUUGCUCUAUUUCGAGUUUCGCCUUUUCCGUAUACUAUAUUCAACUAUGCUGUAGUAGUGACAGAUAUGAAGUUUUGGCCCUACUUAUCCGGAUCAAUAGCAGGAAUGGUACCAGAAGCUUUUCUCUACAUCUACAGUGGUAGAUUAAUAAAGACUUUAGCUGAUGCACAGUAUGGGAAGCACCGCCUGACGACAGUGGAAAUCAUAUACAACAUUAUUUCUUUCAUCAUUGCCGUUAUUACCAUUGUUGGCUUUACUGUUUAUGCAAAAAGGUCUCUAAAUAAACUGAAAAUGUCAGAGGCGAUAGAAGAAGCUGUGUCUGUCUCAGUUUCUGUUUCUGGGAAUACUAGUCUUGAGAUGAAGAAGGGUUCCCAUUGA